AUGAGCGUCGUUGCUAGGCCAGAGAUCGCGACUUGUUAUACUUCUAUCCCUGAGAACCAUGUCGACGAUUCCAUUCAGCCAAUUACCUCGCGAACUUCCUCAAUAUCCUCCUACAGAACGAACUAUAGCGCCUCUACCGCGCCUACCGCAUACUCCCCAUCGUCACCCGCGUCAUCUUACCGCCAAUUCGACUCUGUGAGCUCUAUAGCCAAAUCCACGGAACCAGUUCAACGUCGAGUGCCCCAGGAGGUUUAUGAAGUUAUCAUUCACCAUUUAGAAGAGCUGCACAAAGGACAGCAUCAGACAGGAUGUACGACGUGUUUUCAACGAGAUCUGCAUGCUUUGUCUUUGACGUGUCGGCCAUGGGAAAGAGCCGUUCGAGGACCUUUAUAUAACAGUGCACAAAUUGUCGGGAACGACUGCCCCGCUCAAUUAAAGAAAUACCGCCUCAAGCGAGGCAGUCGCCUAAAGCUGUUGAGACGGACCCUGCGCGAACGAAAGUUGCUGGCCAACCUCGUUUACGAGCUGCGCGUUCCUCAAUUGGAUUUGCUCUUCACCACUGCGAAGCAAAGUACGCAAUGGCAGGAGUAUCGCGACUUGGUGGCAUCCGUGGUCAUGGUGUGUCCAAAUCUGGAGCGCCUCUUGGGUCUGUCAAUUCCAUAUCACCACGAGUUUGACCGAUUGACCCAUGCUCUGUCAACGCGCAAGAAGCUGAAAGAACAUACUUGGGUUUUGGGUGAGGCUGCGGAGGUAUCUGAGAUGUCCACCCGCGAUGACUCCUGUCCUGGAAGUCUGGGUCCUUCUCAAAUGUUCGAGUUUUUGGAAUACCAUACAUCUUGGUCAAAUUUGGAGACUUUGAUGCUUUAUGGCUUGAAUGGGAAUGGCGCUUUGGAGCCCAGCGUGUCCCUUCGCAUGUUCAACCUUCUUCCUUCGUUGCGAAACCUGUGCAUUACCUCCUUCGACGAAGACUCGUUUGAUGAUAACACCUUGCUGUGUUUGCCACCUUUGGAAUCAUUAAGGCUUGAAAACUUGCCUGGAAUCACAGAUGCUGGUCUCACGCAGUUUACCUCUCGCCCCGAAUCUGCUUCCCUCAAGACGUUCAUCCUGGUCGAACAAAACAUCGAAUCGUUGUUGGCUAUCUCCAAGAUUCUUUCCUCACUCCGACAGCUGGAACGAUUCAAGAUCGUUCAGACAGAAAAAUGUCCGACUUUACCAGACGAGGACAUGAUCUUCCAGCCCAUUCUUGCUUCAUCCACUCUCAAAUACCUCCACUGGGAUGUCGCUUGCCCAGAUCCUCAUACAGCACUCACCCGACUUGAUACCCUCCCUUUCCAGAAAUCCUCCAAACCCUCCAACACCCCCAACUUCCAUCUCGCCCAAAGCAUUAUCUCCGCCGGCUUCCCCGAACUGGAAGCCCUCCGCGCACCCUCCGACGUGGAGCCCCCCGGUGCACUCCAAGCCGCCUGCCGUCCCAUCACCAAAGGCCAAGCCCUACUCCGACCAGAUCGAUACAGCCUGCCCCGGAGCUCCCACGGAUCAGUGAACACUCGACCACUCGCCCUACCCGCAGGAAACAACCUGACCUCAGCCCGAAUCCGCGCCCAAACAUUCAUUGACAUGGCAGCCAAGGACACCGAAGCAGGAAUGCCAGUUCUGAUUCAGGAUUGGUCGGAUAGUUAUGUACCGGACAACGCCCAAGCCUCCCAAUUCGAAGAUGAUCCAGAUCAGGAGAUGGACGAUUACGGGAUCUGGGCCGCCGCCGAGCGAUACAAACACCAAGAGAAUGACCACAGUGGUCCCAAAACAGUCUACCAGUUCAACAUGCCCACAUUCAUGGGCCGAAGUGGACUGCGGGAUCCCACAACAGGCGCUUCCAUCCCUCACUUUAUACUCCGCCCUGAUAUCACGGGCCAGGAGUCAGACGGUGGCUUGAUUGGCUGGAAACAGCUGCUUGCCUCGAACCAGUCACUAUCAUAUGCUGCGGGCGUUGGUGUCAACUGCUUUGGCAGCGAUGUUCCCCCUCCCCCUCCACCAGAGGAACCCACUUCUCCUGCAUCCGCCACGUCAAGGUUUGGCUGGGGCAGUCUGAGUGGUCGUUCUAUGAUGGGCACAUCGCCGACUACUCCCACAACACCAAUUACACCCAUGAGCAGCUUCAGUGGGGCUGCUUUACCUUGGGACAAAGACACAUGCACUGGAUCCUGGAACCACAAGACGGGCCGGGACUGGUGGUUCCAUAUGGAGCGUGAUCGUCCGGGCAAUUCAGAGCUCAUUGAUAUCAAGCUUCUUUUCUAA